AUGUGGAUAAUUGCAACCAUCUUGGUCCUGGGGACGCUCUACAUGUGGCACAUUAAUCGUGCCAUGAAAGUAGUCCCCGACGAAGCAACGGAACUGUCUCCCCAUCGCUGGACGACAGAGGAGAUCCAAACAGCCUACCAAAAAAGCCUGGAAUUCCCCGUCGAUGUGACCAAAAGUCUACCUCCCAAGCAAAACCGGCGAUAUAUCAUUGUUGGUGGCACUGGGCUCGUGGGAACAUGGAUCAUCAACCAUCUCCUCGCCCGAGGCGAAGACGCACAGGCCAUUCGCAUCUUGGACGUUGUAUCGCCAGUCCAAUUUCUCAAGCAAGGAGUGAGCUGGACCAAGACCGACAUCACCAACAAACUAGCAGUGAAAACAGCCUUUGAAGAACCCUGGCCCUCCCACGUCGCCCAACUCCCCUUAACCGUCUACCACACAGCAGCCUUAAUCCGGCCCCAAGACCGCCUCAAAUGCUUCCUCCCACUAAGCAGCAAGGUCAAUAUCGACGGAACCCGCAUCGUCCUCCAAGCGGCCCAAGCAGCCGGAGCAACCGUCUUCAUCUGGACAUCCUCCGGCUCAACAAGACUACGCAGUCCAACCUUCUGGAUCCCACCUUGGACCCGCCACCCCAAACGCAUAGUCCAAGUCCUCAGCGACAGCACGUCACCAACGGACCAGUUCUUCGGCAACUAUGCCGAAACCAAACACCAAGCCGAACAGAUCGUCCAAGCAGCCGAUAGCCCCGGAUUCCGCACCGGCUGUAUCCGCCCGACAAAUGGCGUCUACGGCACAGGGGGCGAAUCCAAAACUGCCGUCACGGAAAUCUACCUCCACAAUGGCGGGGCUCCAACAUGGGCCGCACCCAUUAUUCAGAGUUUCGUGCAUGCAGAGAACGUCUCUCUCGCUCAUCUACUUUACGAACAGCGACUGAUCCAGCAAUCGGAGCCGGGUUCGACACUGCCUAGUACAGGUGGGCAGUCGUUUAUAGUCAGUGAUCCUAAUCCGGCUAUUGCGUUCGGGGACUUGUACAAGGUUCUCACGACCCUUUCAACGACCCCGGUGGAGUUUCCGGAACUCCAACCUGCGCCUUUCUUGCUACUGUCGUAUAUCGUGGAAGCGUAUUAUUUCUUACGGUGUAAGAUUGGGAUUCUGCCCCGCCUCUCGCAUGACCUGGAGCAAUUGCAGCCCUCUUUAUUUGGGAUAUUGAAUGUCCAUGUUUUUGCGGAUGAUUCCCGCGCCAGGUUGGCGCCCGAGGAGGGCGGGUUGGGGUAUAACCCGCCACUGACUACGCUGGAGGGGCUGUGUCGUCGUCUUGUGGAUUGGAACAAGAAGGCGCAGACGGAGGGUGUUUAUGUGAAGGGGAAGAAAAUUGUUUUGGGUCCUGUUGCGGUUUCUGAGGAUGGAGUUGGAUUGGAUAUUGUCACGCCAGUCAAGCUUUAG